UAUUUUUUUUUAUUUUUUUACACCGUUUUUUGCACGAACUGAGGGUAAUUCUUUCGGAGUUGAUUCAGGAGAAAGAAGCGAAAGAAACAGAGAGAGAGAGAGAGAGAGAGCGAGAGAAAGAGACAGGGGAGAGCCAUGGCCACGACAACCUGUACGCGAUUCACGGACGAGUAUCAGCUGUACGAGGAGCUGGGGAAGGGAGCGUUUUCAGUGGUGCGCAGAUGUGUGAAGCUGUCGACAGGGCAGGAGUAUGCCGCUAAAAUAAUCAACACCAAAAAGUUAUCUGCAAGAGAUCACCAGAAGUUGGAGCGAGAGGCUCGGAUCUGUCGCCUUUUGAAACACCCCAACAUUGUUCGUCUUCACGACAGUAUAUCAGAGGAGGGUUUCCACUACCUCCUGUUUGACUUGGUGACCGGAGGUGAACUGUUUGAGGACAUCGUAGCCAGAGAGUACUACAGCGAGGCGGACGCCAGUCACUGUAUCCAUCAGAUUCUAGAAAGUGUCCAUCACAUUCACCAACAUGACAUAGUGCACAGGGACCUGAAGCCAGAGAACCUGCUCCUCGCAAGCAAAUGUAAGAAUGCUGCAGUGAAGCUUGCCGACUUUGGCCUGGCCAUCGAGGUGCAGGGGGAUCAGCAGGCCUGGUUUGGGUUUGCAGGAACACCAGGAUACCUGUCCCCUGAGGUAUUGAGGAAGGAGGCAUAUGGCAAACCUGUGGACAUCUGGGCCUGCGGGGUGAUUCUCUACAUCCUGCUGGUGGGUUACCCUCCUUUCUGGGACGAGGACCAGCACAAGCUGUACCAGCAGAUCAAGGCUGGGGCUUAUGAUUUUCCAUCACCAGAGUGGGACACAGUCACCCCAGAGGCAAAAAACCUGAUCAACCAGAUGCUUACAAUCAACCCAGCCAAGAGGAUCACUGCUCAGGAGGCUCUUAAGCAUCCAUGGGUCUGCCAACGAUCCACAGUGGCAUCUAUGAUGCACAGACAGGAAACUGUGGAGUGCCUGAAGAAAUUCAAUGCCAGGAGGAAACUCAAGGGGGCGAUUCUUACAACCAUGCUGGUUUCCCGAAAUUUCUCAGUCGGCAGCAGGCAGACCACGGCUCCAGCCUCUGUGACUGCGGCCGCGGCAGCUGUGGCUGCAGCCGCCGGCACCACCGCAGGGCUGGUGGAACAAGCCAAGACCUUGCUCAACAAAAAGGCAGAUGUUAAGAAACGCAAGUCCAGCUCGACUGUCCAGUACAUGCCUCAGACAAACAGCACCAAAAACAGCAUAGUCACCAGUCCCAAAGGAAACAUCCCUUCACCUGCUCUGGAACCUCAGACAACUGUCAUCCAUAAUCCGGUGGACGGGACAAAGGAGUCGUCAGACAGCAGCAACACCACCGUGGAGGACGAGGAUGUGAAAGGAAAGAGCUUAGACAACAGCUCAAUUAAGGCGCAGUCCAGCACAAGUUCCCAGCCUGAUAGCACUCAGGGCUCCUCAGCUGCUGUGCACUCUGCUGCGAAGUUUGCUGACCUGCUGGGCUCUGUGCGUAGAGGCUCAGGGCCCAUCACCGACGGAGAAGGUAGAUCCAGCACUCCGCCUCCAGCUGCCCUCUCCGCCCCUUCCCCUCCACUCACCCCUGUUGUCCCCAUGCAGAUGUCCCGGCUCACAGACCUGGUAAGCAGCGUCCGCAGGGUGCCGCCGCCCGCUGCACCCGACGGCGACGCCGCCUCGGCGCCGGCCCCCGUCACCAAGCCGGCCCCUCCACCUGCACACUCCACUCCCCUACCUCCCUCCCACUCCCCCUCCAGCCCCUCCUUGUCCUCCUCCCAGACGCGCAAACAAGAAAUCAUCAAGAUCACCGAACAGCUGAUCGAGGCCAUCAACAAUGGAGACUUUGACGCUUACGCUAAGAUCUGCGAUCCCGGGUUGACUUCGUUUGAGCCGGAGGCCUUGGGAAACCUGGUAGAGGGAAUGGAUUUCCACAGAUUCUACUUUGAGAACCUUUUGGCUAAGAACAACAAGCCCAUCCACACCACCAUCCUGAACCCCCACGUCCACCUGAUCGGCGAGGACGCCGCCUGCAUCGCGUACAUCCGGCUCACUCAGUUUGUGGACAACCAGGGCCGGCCGCGCUCCAGCCAGUCGGAGGAAACGCGCGUCUGGCAUCGCAGAGACAGCAAGUGGCAGAACAUCCACUUCCACUGCUCAGGCGCGCCAGCUGCGCCUCUCCAGUGAGGGUUGAAUGCUGUAGUUGUGUCUGUCAGGAAUGAUGUGCUGGAGAGAAAAGAGGAAGAGGAAGGGAUGAAGGAACACAUCCAGUGUUGACUUGGAGGACAUGGCUCGUCUCGCCUCAACAAUCAAAUCCCUCUCUCACUGGACUCCAUCCCCCAGCAUGCACCUCUGCUUCUACAACCGUGACCCCGCCUCCGUCUGCAUCUACAAACUAAGCUCCUGACGACCAUCGCUCCACAUCUUCUUCUUUUUCUUCUUCUUCUUCUGUUCCUUACUCCUCCUCUUCUCUCCAGCUCACUGGGUGUUUGAUUCGGGGUGUGGCGCCCCCUACCUGCAGUGUCUCUCACACCCCCACAAUAUUUUUGUGACCCUUUCUUGUCCUCCUGUGAAUCCGCACCUGUGUGACAUAAACACUGCACUGGAAAUACAGUAUGUAAAGUUUUAAGUAAAAUCUAUAAUUAUCAUUACUAUAUUAUGAUUAUUAUUGUUACACAUUUGCAAUUGUAUAUGUAAUUUGUAUAAUUCAGAUUUCUUGAUGCCAGUGGUUUUUAGAGUUGAAGGAACUUUUUUGUUUUAUCUUUUUAAGGAAGCAUGUUUUAUUCCCCAUAGUAACAGUGGCUGUUUUCUUGUUUUUUUAUUCUUAUAAUUAUUAUUAUUGUGGCUGUUAAGUGGAAAAGGAUUAUUGGCCGUUUUUAUAAUUUGCUUCUUCUACGUUCGCUAUCAUACUGCACUUGAAGUCAUGGCUGAAACGUCGGUUUUAGUAUUUUUACUUUUAUCUUUCGGUCGUUUUUUGUUGCUUUUUGGAUGGGACGUUUCUGAACGUAGAGUGUGAUUAUACAGCAGGGGUCAGAAGUUUACAUACAGUCAAGGAUGUGAUCAAGUUUAGGCUGCAAGGGAUUAAUUUACUUUUUUCUGUGUGGAAUGGGUAAAAAAACACAUCAAUUUUAUUAUUUUUAAAAGCAAGAACUGGGCACACAAGUUUGAUUUUACUGUGGAUUUUCUCUUAUAAAACAACAAAUUCAAAUUUAUGCAUGCUAACUCCACUAAUAUUUGGUAAAGCAAGUUGGAUCUGGCUCCAUAUUUGACCAAUCUUCUUACCAGUUUAUUUAAAUUGAUUUGUUUGGUUUGUCUAUUCAAAAACAGAUUUUUUUUGUUGUGUAUUUAAGUCUUCUUUUUUUCAUAAUUACCUAAACUUUGUUCAAUGCACCAGCAUCACUGGCAGCAAAACUGCCACCAACAUGCAUGCCAGAUGGUCCAGUGUUCUUGGGUUUGAAAUAAUAAGAGAGUUUAAGAGGUUAGAUUAUAUUAUAGUUUUUCCCUCUAUGUACAAGAGAAAAUCCGCAAUUAAUUCAAACUUCUUCUCAAAAGUCCAUCUGGUUGUUUGCUAAAAGUGAGGCGGCUGGGGGAGAAAAACGGCAUAAAUAAACCAAUAACUGAUGAAAGUAGGUAAACUUAUGACCAGAUCUGUACAGUGUGUGUUGGUGAGCGCGGUCAUGCUAGGUAGCGACGUAGCAUUCAAAGUCCAGGUAACUAAGCACAAUCAGAGGAACCUGCUGUUGUUUCUUAGCUGCACUGCAAAAACACAAAAUCUGAUCAAGUUGUCUAGUUUCCAAUGCAAAUACCUUAAACACUUUAAAAUAAGACAAAAAUAACUUUUAAGUAACGUAUCAGCAAGAGAUAGCAGCUUCUUUUAAG